GAGAUGUACAGGCUGCUGGGUGUGGACAGGGUGGUGAUCUACAACACCAGCUGUGGUCCAGAGCUCCACCGACUCCUGCAAAGAUACACACAGGAGGGCUUUGUGGAGAUGGUUCCCUGGCCCAUUGACCAGCACCUAAAUCCAUCUCGCGGUUGGCUCUUCUCAAAGCACGGAGGGGAUGUGCAUUAUUUUGGCCAGCUGACCACACUUAAGUGCAUUUACAGAUCCAUGAAACGAUCACGCUACGUCCUGUUGAACGACAUAGAUGAGAUAAUAAUGCCAUACCAACACAAUGACCUGAUGGGCCUGAUGAACAUGUUCCAACAGCAGCAUCCAGAUGCCGGGGUGUUCCUCAUAGAGAACCAUUUCUUUCCUAGAAAUCCAUUUGAUAAAAGUGCAAACAGGAUGAUGCCUCAAUGGAGAGGGGUGCCAGGCUUUAAUAUUCUGGAACACAUCUACAGGAAGGAGCCUGACAGAACCAUAAACCACUCCUACAAGAUGAUAGUGAAGCCAAGGCAGUGGAGCAGACCUCAGUACAUGAAGUCCUUAAGAUGUUUGGUCAAUUGGUCAGUUCAAGGUUCCACUGGACAUCUGUCGGAUCAUUCAUAG